UCUUAAAUACCUUCCAAUUUGCAGUAAGAAAAACAUUCAUGUCAAUGGAAGAUAUUGAAAUUCCUCAGUACUUCAUCUGUCCUAUUUCUCUCCAGAUCAUGAAAGACCCGGUGACCGCGAUAACCGGCAUAACCUACGACCGGGAGAGCAUCGAGCACUGGGUAUUCCAAGCCAACAACACCACUUGUCCGGUCACCAAACAGCCCCUGACCCCGACGUACUCCGACCUCACCCCGAACCACACCCUCCGCCGCCUGAUCCAAUCAUGGUGCACCCAAAACGCCGUCGACCGCAUCCCCACCCCGAAGCCGCCUCUUGACAAGCCCCGCGUCGUCGGCCUCCUUAACGACCUCCGGUGUCCGAAGCUGCAGAUGAAGACACUGAGAAAGCUGGAGUUUUUCGCGGUGGAGCACGAGAGGAACUGGAAAUGUAUGGUCGAGGCGGGCGUUGGCAGGGCCAUGGCGUCGUAUAUCGUGAGCUGCUACGAGAGGAAAGAGACGGCGGGGAUCGAAGAAGCGCUGAGCGUUUUCAAUUUGGUUCGGAGCACGUCUUCGGAAGUGAGGGUGCUGGUUAGUGCGAACGAUGAUCGGAUUAUCGAGGCGUUGGUGUGGGUUUUAGGGUUGGAUGUUGAUAAUUGCGUGACCUUCAAAAGCCAUGCGGUUAUGGUGCUGAAAACCAUAAUUGGAAAGGCGAGUUCAAGUGUUGUUGAGAGGCUCAAGCCCGGGUUCUUCGAUAGGAUUGUUGGUGUUUUAAAACAAGGGAUCACUCAACAAGGGAAAAAUGCAGCCUUGCAAAUCAUGCUAGACACUUCUCCAUGGGGAAGAAACAAGAUAAUGCUGGUCGAAUCCGGGGCAGUUUUCGAGCUCAUCGAGCUGGAGUUAAGUUUUCCAGAAAGGAGAACAAGUGAAUUAGUUCUUGGAAUUCUAUUCCACUUGUGUUCUUGUGCUGACGGGAGGGAGAAACUCACGAGCCACGCGGCUGGAAUCGCGGUGGUCACGAAGCGGCUUCUGAAUGUUUCUCCGACGGCCGACGACAGAGCCAUGUUGAUUCUCUCGCUGAUAUGUAGAUUUUCCGGGUCGUAUUCAGUUUUUCAGGAGAUGUUGAAGGUUGGGACAUUUUCAAAGUUGUGUUUAGUUCUUCAAGGUGAUUGUGCCUGUUACCUGAAAGACAAGGCCAAGGAAAUCCUUAGGGCACACUGUGAUGUAUUGAAGGAUUCUCGUUGCAUUGAUAUUACAGCUCUAUAACCCUGAGGGAUGGUGCAGUUGCAUUGAUGUUACAACUCUA